AUGAAGCGGCGGCGUUUCGUCGGAAAGCAACGUCCGGGGACAGCCGACAAAACGCUGCGAGUCUUCAAGACGUCCGGCGAAGAGCUUGUUUCCACAUCCGCAGAAGAAGUAGGCAGUGUCCGAGAGCUGAAACUUCGAGUGCGUGCCCUGUGUGGGUUGCCACGGUUCAGGCAGAGGCUCCUGCACGAGGGUGUCGUUUUAGAAGACGAUACAAGGCUGGAGUCUCGCAUGGACAUUCAGCUAGUAUUGCUGAACUUCUGCGAAGCCACCGAGGAGGAGGAAGACGAACUAACGGCUGCUGUCAAGUCCCACGAUGUUGCUUCCGUGGAGCAGAAACUUCAGCGACCCCAGUGCCCAGAUAUUCUUGAGACCAGCGAAGGCGCGGACACGCCGCUCUGCGCUGCAUCAGGCAAUGGUAACAUGGAGAUUCUGCAUUUGCUUCUCGAGGCUCGGGCAGAUGUGGAUGCUGCGAAUGGGGAGGACGACACACCUCUCUCGCUUGCAACUAUUCAUGGCAAUGUGGAUGUUGUUGAUACUUUGUUGAAGGCCAGGGCUGACACAGAAGUGGGGACAAGAGAUGAGGAGACUCCUCUUACCUUGGCAGCUGCCGAAGGCGGCAGAGAACAUUGGAAGAUUGCUCGCUUGCUGUUGCAGGCACGGGCGGACAUCGAAGCAACCAACUCUGACAACGAGACGCCUCUUUUCGUCGCCUGUGAGUUUGGCAAUGAGCCCGUCGUGUCUUUGCUUUUGCAAGCCCGGGCAGACCUGAAUGCAGAAAACUGCAUGGGUCGCACGCCCAUGCUGGCAGCCAGUACAGAAGAUCACGUAAGGAUUGUACGCCGACUGGCGCGAGCUGCAGUGGGGACCGAAUCGGAUGGCGCCCCUCUUCGCGUUGCGGCAAAGUUGGGCCGUUUCCAAGUCUUGCGUGUGCUGUUGGCAUUUCGGGCCGAUCUCGAAGCAAGAGACCCACAUGACAGAACGGCGCUAUCCCUCGCUUGUGAUCGGAGAAAAGAAUUCUCAUCCCGUGGCAGUGUGGUGCAACUGCUGGUGCAGGCCCGGGCCAAUGCAAAUGCGAAAGAUGAACAUGGUCUCACACCGUUGUGGUAUGCGGUUCGCCACGACCACUUACGACAUGUGCGUCUACUGUUGGAGGCUGGUGCUGACAGACAACAGACAGACCCACGUGGGAAAACGCUUCGUGAGGCCGCCCGUGACAACAUCCAAGUUCUUCGCCUGCUUUCAAACCGAAAGCUUUUGCGCAUGCCACGAAAGAAGUCGUGGAUGCGGUAA